AUGCCAAAGAAACCAAAAUUCUCAAUUCCACCCAUCUUCACAACAACUCAACCAACCAACUCAAAAUGUCUUACAACACCGUUCACCACUCUUAUUCAAAACCCCAAAGCCUCUUCAACUUCCUUAAACUUCACAUUCUUAAACCACCUAAAAAACCAAAGACUAGAUUCAGCACGUGCCAUCUUCAACAAAAUCCCUUCCCCUCACGUCUCUCUCUACACCAGAAUGCUCCUCGCUUAUGCUCACAACCACAAUCUCCCAGAAGCCAUCAAUCUCUUCAACCAAAUCCCGUCAAACACCAAAGACAUUAUCUCAUGGAACUCCAUUAUCAAAGCCUCAAUCCUCUGUGGUGAUUUCGUCGCAGCAGUUAAACUGUUCGAUAAAAUGCCGCACAGAAACUCAAUCUCGUGGACAACAAUAAUCCAUGGCUUUUUAUCCGUUGGAAGAGUUGUUGAUGCUGAAACAUUCUUCCGUGCAAUGCCAAAUGCUGACAAAGACGUUGCUACGUGGAAUGCUAUGGUUAAUGGUUAUUGUAAUAACGGUAGAGUUAAUGACGCUCUUUGGUUGUUCAGUCAAAUGCCUUACCGUGAUGUUAUUUCUUGGACUUCAAUGAUUGCUGGGUUGGAUCGUAAUGGAAAGAGUUCUCAAGCGUUGGUUUUUUUACAGAACAUGAUGGGUUGUUCUGGUGUUGAAACUUCUUCUACUACUUUGGUUUGUGGGCUGUCCGCUGCUGCUAAAAUUUUGGAUUUUAACGCGGGUAUUCAGAUUCAUUGUCGUAUGUUCAAGUUUGGUUAUUGUCGUGGUUUUGAUGAGUUUGUAUCGGCUUCACUUGUUACUUUUUACGCGGGUUGUAAGAGAGUAGAUGAUGCUUUUAAGGUUUUUGGUGAGACUGCUGGUAAGAAUGUGGUGGUUUGGACUGCUCUUUUGACUGGGCAUGGUUUGAAUGAAAAGCAUGUUGAAGCAUUGGAGGUUUUUGGUGAGAUGAUGAGAUUUUGUGUGAUGCCUAAUGAGUCUUCUUUUACUAGUGCUUUGAAUUCAUGUGUUGGGUUGGAGGAUCUUGAGAAGGGGAGAGUGAUUCAUGCCGUGGCAGUUAAGAUGGGUUUGGAAAAGGGGGUCUAUGUGGGGAAUUCACUUGUUGUUAUGUAUAGUAAAUGUGGUUAUAUUGGUGAUGCAUUGUGUGUGUUUAAUGGGAUUGGUGAAAAAAAUGUUGUGUCUUGGAAUUCUGUGAUUGUUGGUUGUGCUCAGCAUGGAUGUGGUUUAUGGGCUUUGGCACUUUUUAAACAAAUGUUGAUGGAAGAUGUUGAGUCUGAUGAGAUCACGUUGACCGGUUUGCUUUCUGCUUGUAGCAGGUCCGGGAUGUUACAGAAGGCGAGGUGUAUUUUUGGGUACUUCGUUUGGAAAAGAUCGAUGAAGAUGACGAUUGAGCACUAUGCUUGUAUGGUAGAUGUGCUUGGCCGGUGUGGAGAGGUAGAGGAAGCAGAAGCACUGGCAAUGAGCAUGCCUGUGGAAGCAAACUCUAUGGUAUGGCUUGUUUUGCUGAGUGCCUGCAGGAAGCAUUCUAAUUUGGGUGUUGCGGAAAGAGUUGCGAAACGGAUAUUUGAAAUGGAGCCUGAUUGUAGUGCUGCCUAUGUGUUGCUAUCAAACUUGUAUGCAUCUUCGAGAAGAUGGUCGGAAGUGGCAAGAAUUAGGAUGAAAAUGAAGCAUAAUGGAGUUGUAAAACAACCCGGUUCAAGUUGGAUAACCUUAAAAGGACUAAGGCAUGAGUUUUUGUCUGCAGAUAGGUCCCAUCCACUUACUGAGAAAAUCUAUGAAAAGCUAGAGUGGUUAGGAGUAAAAUUAAAAGAACUGGGUUAUGUUCCUGAUCAACAAUUUGCCUUGCAUGAUGUUGAAAUUGAGCAAACUGAAGAAAUGUUGUCUUACCAUAGUGAAAGGCUUGCAAUUGUAUUUGGGUUGCUUAGCACUGUGGAAGGAAGUACAAUAACUAUAAUGAAAAACCUACGUGUAUGCGGAGAUUGUCAUAAUGCAAUAAAGCUUAUGGCAAAGAUUGUUGACAGGGAGAUCGUGGUCAGAGAUUCUAGUCGCUUUCAUCACUUUAAGAAUGGCAUAUGUUCUUGUGGGGAUUAUUGGUAG